AUGGGCAUCAAUGGAUUGGCCUUCUGGAGCAGUAGCACCAAUAUGACAACACGAUGCGAUCUGAUUAAAGAUUUCGUGAAUACUACACUUGGACCAGCUAUACUGAACUACACGGAGACCUGCUCGUCGUUCACAGUGAAUGAAAGUGGAAAUGAUCAAGUUGCCAAUUGUACUUUAUACGGAACGCAUAACCAAUUGUUGUCGAACCCU